CCAAACAUCAAACCCACAUCGGUUCAUUUGGUUGUUGUUUCAUUUUCUCACUCAAACUAAAUAAAAGAACUCCUGUUUCUAUCAUCUUCCUCUUCUACUCAAACUUCUAAAUCUUUCUAAAAUUUCUUGUUGAAUUUGUUACAAAUUCAAGCAAACUUUAUACUCUUCAGAUUCUUCAAAAUUCUCCAGUACAACACUAAUAUAAUUAUAUAUAAACGAUAAUCGAUCUGAAAAUUCAAUUAUCGAAAAAUCUGCUGCAAGAUAUUGACGAAAAUCUGUUGAAUUAGCGAAUGAAGGAGAAGAAAUAAUCGCCGAUGCUAAAAAUCAGGUUGAAUGAAGAAGAAGUUGCCAUUGAUGCAAUUAAGCAUGCUUUGAAAGCGCUUCGGAAGCGGCAUUUGGCGGAAGAAGGUGCUCAUGCUCCGGCGAUUACCGCUAUUGCUAGACCUCUUAUUCAUCAGGGCUCAGAAUGGAAAGAGAAAGCUGAAAAUUUGGAGCUUGAACUUCAGCAAUGUUACAAAGCUCAAUCUCGACUAUCUGAGCAGCUUGUGGUUGAAGUUGCUGAGGGACGGUCUUCCAAAGCUUUGAUUCAAGAGAAAGAAACUGCUGUAGCUAACUUGGAAAAGGAGGUUACUCAGCUCAGCGAUGAGAACUCUGAGUUGAAGAAACUAUUAGAUGAGAAGAUUAAGGGUGAAGAAUUGCUGACAAGUGAGAACCAAGAGCUGAAAAAACAACUUGAUGAGAUGAGUAUGAAAGCAAAAAAUGCUGAAGCUGAGAAUAAGAUGUUGGUUGAUCGUUGGAUGCUCCAGAAAAUGCAAGAUGCUGAGCGUCUUAAUGAGGCAAAUUCUCUUUAUGAAGACAUGCUUCAACAACUUAAGGCCAGCAGCAUACAACAAAUUGCUCGCCAACAAGUUGAUGGUGUAGUUCGUCGAAGUGAGGAAGGUGCCGAGUUUUUUGUGGAAUCAACCAUUCCUACAACUUGCAAGAAUAGAAUACAAGCUCAUGAUGGUGGCUGUGCUUCCAUAUUGUUUGAGUACAAUUCCAACAAACUGAUCACUGGAGGACAGGAUCGUUCUAUUAAGAUGUGGGAUACAAGCACAGGAUCAUUAAGUCACACUCUUUAUGGUUGCUUAGGUUCUGUUCUUGAUCUCACUGUCACAAAUGAUAAUAAAACUGUAAUAGCUGCCAGUAGCUCAAAUAACUUGUAUGUUUGGGAUGUCAGCUCGGGCCGAAUCCGACAUACACUUACAGGGCAUACUGAUAAAGUCUGCGCAGUAGAUGUGAGCAAAGUAUCCAAUCGGCACGUUGUCAGUGCAGCAUACGAUCGAACAAUAAAAGCUUGGGAUUUGCAGAAAGGUUAUUGCACUAAUACAAUCAUUUUUCCAAGCAAUUGCAACGCUGUUUGUUUCAGUAUGGAUGGAAGAACAAUAUGCUCUGGUCAUGUCGAUGGCAAUCUCCGGCUUUGGGACAUUCAGACAGGGAAGCUUUUAAGUGAAGUUGCUGCUCAUUCUCUUGCUGUGACAUCAAUCUCUUUGUCUCGAAAUGGUAACACAAUUUUGACCAGUGGGAGAGAUAAUGUGCAUAAUCUGUUUGAUAUGAGAACACUUGAGGUUUACAAUACAUUAAGGGCAAGUGGAAACAGAGUGGCAUCUAAUUGGAGCAGAUCCUGUAUUAGUGCCGAUGACAAUUAUGUUGCUGCUGGAUCUGCCGAUGGAUCUGUACAUAUCUGGUCAAUACAGAAGGGAGAUAUAGUCAGCACUCUUAAGGAACAUGGAUCUUCUGUUUUGUGCUGUGCUUGGAGUGGUCUAGGAAAGCCUUUGGCGACAUCUGACAAGAAUGGAGUUAUUUGCACUUGGGUGUGAUACAUUUUACUUCGGUUUAUCAUAUAUUCACGUCUACUGGUUGUUUUUUAUGGUGAUUUUGAUUGGCGUGCUUAAUAGUUAGACAGGGGUAGAGGGUAUAAAUUAUGAAAUGCUAUGAUUUCUUCUCUUGCAAUGUACAGUUCAUUUCUUCUUCCUAUGGAAUGUUAUGUUUUUUGCCUGUUGGCUGCAAGGUACAGCUUUCAUAUCUUCCCUGUUCUGUUUAUUCAGCUGUACAAUGUUUCGGUUUAUCUGUUUCUUGUUCUCAGUGAAUGAAGAAAAAGGGGGGUUACUGAAAGUGGAAAUUAUAUCAUCAAUAUUCUUGAAAUUUAAAAUGUAAA